AUGGCUGAUGGAACCAUAAAAGUCAGUCGAAGAGACUCCACGAUGGCUUCAGUAUCCGGUGGCUCCAGUGUGUCAUACACGAACAAAUCCAAGCAGUCACUUGCCGAUCGACAUCCGCUGUUCAAGAGAUUCCGGGAUAAGUGA